CCGUCCCCUGAAGAUGGCGGGCAGCGGGAGGCUUGCGCUGCGGUCGCUUUCUGGAUUCGGCUGGGUUCGCGGCUCGGACCCUGCCGUGCUGAGCCGCCUGCGCGACGAGGCCGUGGUGCGGCCCGGCUUCCUGAGCCAGGCGGAGGAGGACACGCUGACACGGGAACUGGAACCCCAGCUGCGGCGCCGGCGGUACGAGUACGACCACUGGGACGCGGCCAUCCACGGCUUCAGGGAGACAGAGAAGUCCCACUGGUCUGAUGCAAGCCAGGCCAUCCUGCAGCGGGUCCAGGCAGCCGCCUUUGGCCCCGACCAGACCCUACUGUCCCUGGUCCAUGUGUUGGACUUAGAACCCCGAGGCUACAUCAAGCCCCAUGUUGACAGUGUCAAGUUCUGUGGAUCCACCAUCGCUGGCCUUUCCCUGCUGUCCCCAAGUGUUAUGAAGCUGGUGCACACCCAGGAACCUGAGCAGUGGCUGGAACUGUUGCUGGAGCCAGGUUCCCUCUACAUCCUAAGGGGUUCAGCCCGCUACGAUUUCUCCCAUGAGAUCCUUCGAGAUGAAGAAUCAUUUUUUGGGGAGCGCCGGGUCCCCCGGGGCCGACGCGUAUCAGUGAUCUGCCGUUCCCUCCCUGAGGGGAUGGGCCCAGGAAGGCCAGAAGGCCCACCCCCAGCCUGCUGACCUCUGCACCCAUCCUCUGCACGUGUAAAUAAAGUAGGAAAAAGUAUGCUGUGGCUAUCUUCAAAUUUCCAU